GUCAUGAAUAAAUGAUUUAUAUUUUGUAUAUUUUCUUGUAUGCAUGGUGCACCGUCGUUAAACGUUAUCACUAAAUCACUUAUUAUCAGUCGAGACCUUCAAACGUCGUCACGUCGAUGAUAAAAUAUAAUUAUAAUAUUGUAAUACACUGGAUCAAAUUAGUGGAGUUACUAUGAAAACACUGAAAACAGUCAAAUUGCAGACGACAACUUACUUACGAUGAAUUAUGAAUAAUAAUAGGCGUGUGCGUUUUGCUAGUAAACAAAAUAUUACAUAAUAUUAUGUUCGACUCGUCUUUGGGUGAACCAUCAUUUGCAAUUGGUUUGUGUUUCCGUUCAGCAUAUUUAUCAGUUGAUGACGGCUCAACCGCCGCCGUCGUUCACRUCGCCGAGACCGUUGAAUCGCGACACGCAUGUUCCUGUUCAACUGCCGUCUCUUGAUGUCAUGUAUGACUGAUGUCACCAAAUCGACGUACCUGUCAUCUAACAAAAAUAAUGGUAUUGUCAAGUCAUCCCAGUAUUUCACUAAUGUAAAGUAUCAAAAUGGAGCUGUUCAUAAUGGUCACCUAAAACCAUGGAAAAAGAAUCUUUACUCUAAUGAAGGUUAUCCAGAUAAUUAUACUGAUAAGUCUUUCCUAGAAGAAUUGAGAAAAAACCUCCAUGUACGAAAACUUACACUUCUAGAAGCAAUAUUGGGAGCUGGUUUAAUUACACAAAGAUUAUGCAUAGUGGUAAUUUUUGCAUUAUCUUUUUAUGCUCUGAAUUGCAAUUUAAUUUCUCCACUAUUAUUGCUAAUUUCUAGUACAAGUUUUAGUUUUAUCGUUUACCUCUUUCUUUAUGAAAAUUCCAAGGCAAUUCCAUUAUGGCUGAUGAAGUCAGCAUGUGCAUUUGUCGUAUCUGGUUAUAUUUUAUCACCCGUAUUAAAAACAUUGACUGAAACUAUAAGCACCGACACCAUUUAUGCCACAACUACAAUAAUGAUGUGUGUACAUCUUGUGUUUUUUGACUAUGGGGUUUCUGCAGUUAUUGUGUCAACAUCACUGUCAUUAAAUGCUGCCUUAUUUGGUUCAAUUUGUUUGUGCUCAAGACUACAAACAGCUUUUCAUGUUUUUGUAUUUAUAACAAUAGCAGUACAGUGUUUUGCUGUAUCACCAAUACUUUUAUCGCCCAUCAAAUCUUCCAUUACCAUCUUAUUGUCGUUUGUAACUGUUACCUUUGUGUUAUGUAUGAGGGUGUCAUCAUUAAUGAGUGGACUAUUUAUACUUACCGUCUUGUUUAUUAAUUUGAUGUGUCCAUACUAUUUUGUCAAAUGGCAUUCAUUCAAAGACAACAUUUAUGGACCAUGGGAUGAAGCUAUUGUGCAAGAUAUUAAAAUAAAAGAUUUUCACGUUGACUGAAAAGUAAUGAGGGUUCUCUAAUUAAAUACUGUCUAAGAAUGUGUGAUAUCAACAACCAGUAACUGUUAUCUUGGUUUUCCAUAAAGUUACCAUUCUUCUAUUAUGUAUUAAGUUAAAGUAAUUUAUUAUCAAUUGAAACUAAAUUGUGUUGGUUAAUUCUUUAAUGGCACUACAKUSGUUGUUUUUCAUAAUAAAUUAAAUUAAAAGCAUUGCAUGUUAAAAUUCAUUUUUUUAAAGUUUGUUAUUCUCUUUUCUUUGUAAAAUGUGAUGAACAUUUUGAUUUUAAUUAUUAUAUAAAUAUGAGAUCAUCUAUGUGUUAUGCUAAUCAAAUUUUAUUAUUUUUUCACUGUAUUGUUAAGAUUUAUCGCCCCAGUGUAUAAUUCUAAUGUUAUUAAAUACUUAAUUAUUAAUUAUUAUGCUGUUUGUUCUUUUUACAUAUUUUAUCAUCAUAUGUAUUUCAUAGUAAUGCCAACUCUAUAGUAUAUUUUAAUCAGGGGCAUGCCUACGCAUUUUUCUGGGGGAAAGAGGUUUAAUUUUUUUUCUAGAACAUAUUUCAAAUGUAUUUAUUCCAUUAGCUAAUACUUUUUUCUAAAUCCAUUAAAAUUUUGUGGUUUGAACACCCCUAUCUUCCUUAGGCACACCUCCGAGUUUCAUAAUAAUAAAUUAUGAAUGAUGACUCAAUUGUUUUUUGUCAUAAUAUACUCAUAUUCCUAAAAUCUGUUAGCCAUGUCACAACUUUUUAAUGAAGAUUGAAUUUGUAAUGAUUACUAUUAGACAUUUAAAAAACUUUAAUUUUACUUUAAGUUAAUUUUGUGUGGUAAAAGGUAAAACUACUUCUUUAUUCAAAAUUAUAGUAGGCACUACAAUUUAGUACAUUAUUCACGGGACUCAGAGUCAUGUGUGAGAGUGUGAAAAUGUGACAUAAGUUUGRAGUCUUUCUUUAAAUUUUAGAUAAAUCGUGAUUUUUAUAAAUUUACUUAUACAGAUAUUUCCUAUAUAUUUACACAAAUCAGAUUAAAAUGUAUCAGUAUUCAUUACCUUYGAGGUUUCAUAAAACAAUUCAUUACACUUUGUUUGGUUAUUGUUCCAUGCAUUGUAUUAUAAGACACACACAUGAUCAUUAUAAUUUUCAGAAGUUUUAAUAUACAUAAUAUAUUAUGUUCUAUUAAAAUAUUUACUUUUUAGUUAGAAAAAAUCACUUUUCCAUUUUCUAAUAGUAAUGCAAUUAAAACAUAAUGUUGUUACUAUUUCAUACAUUUUAUGAUUAGGGAUGGCAAAACUAAUUGAUUGAUUGCUGUAUGCUAAUUAUUUUUUUAAGAACACAAGUAAAAACAUUAUUUGAGUUUAUUUGGUUUGAUUAUAAUUGCAUGUUUUUUUAUUUUCAUUAUAAAUAUUAUUAUAACAAUAAUUCUUAAGAACAUAUUCUAAGUACAAAUACUUCAUAACAUUUAAAUUGAUUUGUAUAGUAUAAUAUAGGUGUGUCUUACUAAGAUAACUACUAAACUAUGUGAAUAAAGUUUUUAAAAAAAACAAUUAUUUUCAAAUGUUCUAUGUAGAUGUAAUUGUGUUAAAACAAAAUAUGUAAUGUAGGUAAUUUUUAAGUAUACUGGAUACUAAUGGCGGCAAUAACUGUCAUUGGUUUCUUGACCAUCUGUGAUGUAAAAGGUACCUAUAUAUGUUAAGUUACAUGUUUUUUUAUCUCAAAUGAUCUCUACAAAAAUGUUGCUCAUUUGAUCCACAGAAAUGUAGGAAAAAACAAUAUAUUCUACAGUAAUACAUAUAGUACAUGAUAAUAUAAACAUUAUUUAAAAUACUUUUCUCAUUUAACUUGCUUUCAGUGAGAUUUUUGAGCAUUAGGUAUAUAGAUAAGUUUGCAGGUCACUCAUAAUUCUAAAUUUUGUAUUUCACAUGGUAAAGGUUUAAAAUUUCAAAAAAAUAUAAAUACUAAUUCAUUCUAAAUCUGACACUGGUUGCCUACUGUUAUGAUAAUUCACAGCAACAGUAUUGUAUUACAUUUAAAAUAAACAGGCACUCCCCAUAUCUAAUCGCUUCACCCAUGCCAUUAUCUAAAUAGGUACAUAUAAUUGGAUUGUUUUGGUGGAAGGGUGGAUCCAGGAGAAUCACUGGUGGCAAGUUCUCCCCAUUAAAAAUAUAUAUUUUAAUUAUAGUAUUAWUUUUCCAUUAACUAAUAAAUAUCAGCAUCGUAAAGAUGUUUUURAUUUAAGUGCUCUCUAAUUAUACAAAUUCUGGAUCUACCCUUKGGGGGUUGGCGGUAAGUCGUGACCUAAWACCACGGCCCACGCUUAAUAUGCCUUAUUUAUUUUAUAUUUCAAUAACAAUGAUYUGUUAUUUCCAUAUGAUUUGCUAAUCGUAUAAAAUAAUUCAGAUUGUCCAAUGCGUAUAUACACAUAUCACUGCCAGUGUGUAAAGUAGGUAGUUAUAAUGAAAUAGGUAUAAUAUAAGAAUAGGUAUUUACUAUUUAGAAUAAUUAUAGUUGCUUAACCAUAUUCACUAUUGUUUUACACACAUAUAUAUAUUUAUAUACGUGCAUGUAAUUAUUCCUAAUUAUGUAUUAAAUUUUUUUUUUAUUUCAUGUCGUUGAUUCAGAUGUUUGUUAUCUAUUUAGUAUUUAUAUAUUUUCGUUCUAGCUAAAUAAUUAUAUUUAUAUUUAUCACCUAUAAUACAUUAUGUUAUGCAGUAUUGCAGUGUACCUACACGUCCUACACAUACACUAUACACGCCAAUCAAAAUUAUUCACGAUCAUUGAAUAAUAAUGUACAUUAUUGUAAAUCUUAGUACGCAUUAUGUAUUUAUGUGUUAUGAUUAAUGUUUAUGUAUAAUAUGUUAUAGUCAUUAAUUAUUGCGUGUGUAUAAAAUUUUGUAUUAUUUUUUAUCUAUAACGAUCGUCACGUGAUAUUAAGUAAGACACAUGCUUGUAUUAAUAAUAAUGAUGAUAUAGGUAUACUUACCUAUCAUGUCUGCACGUUCAUAACUUCAUACAAACAUUUGUGUAUACGCUCUUUAGUGUUGUGUAUUCGUGUUUGACCAAACUCCCAACCAUUUAUCCGUCAUAUAAAAUAGUAUAGCAGUAUUAUGAUGGGAUUAAACAUUAUAAUACGACUAACGAAUAACUAUAAGUUUUCCUAUAUAAUUUAACAUUCUAUUGACAAUGAUAUUAUAUUUGUAACUGAAAAUUCAGUCUUUUAUUUUGUAGCCAAAGAAUUUAUAUAAAAUGUUUGUUAAAUGUAUGAUUAUUAAU